AGAGAGAUAAAGUCAAGAGUGCGGGAGAGGAGGAGAAAUUCCAGAGAGGAGCAGAGGAAAAGAGAAAGAGAGGAGGAGAGGAAAAGAGAAAGAGAGAAGGAGAGAACCUUAAGGGACAGAAGAAAUCUCAUCCUACUGCAGCUGCACUAAAGAGGUGGUGACAGGAUGCUGAUGCUGGAUGGGCGGCCGGUCCUGCGCUCCGCAGCCGAGCGAGUCGAAUCCCCGCGACGAUCUCCAGACGUGCGGCGGUACCCUGACACCGUGCUGGUGUUCGACAGGCGCGUCCGCAGCGAGACCCCAGAGAGGCGCUUCCUCCCGUCGGAUCUCUUCCAGACCCAGACGGAACCGGUGGACCUCUCCACCCACAGACCCAGAACAUCACCGCCGAUCGCCCCCCGCCCCUCCCCGCGGCACACCCCUCCUUCCUCAUCAUCAUCAUCAUCAUCAUCAUCCUCAUCAUCCUCCUCAUCCUCCCCAUCCUACUCCUGCCCCUCUGUCAUCACCCCCGUCCCGAGGCCGCGGAUUCUCACGCCCAUCUCUGGGUCCUCCCCCCCGGGGGUGAGAGGUCAGCCCUUCCUGCAGGUGGCGCACCCCCACCCCGUGCCGCCGUGCCCGAGCCCGGUGCACCUUCACCCGCGCCGGGUACCGGUGGUGAUGCAGUCCAUGCCGCUGCUCUACGCGGGCAUGAGCAGCCUGGGCACCACGGCAACCGCAUCCAGCCUCAUCAUGCCACUGCUGGAGGAGAGCAGGAUCCACCGGGCAGUCACACACCGUGUCCCAGAUGGACCGUCGCCACGGCGAUCCCACAGUGACAGCGAUGACGAUGACCUGCCGAACGUGACCUUGGACAGCGUCAACGAGAUGGGCUCCACAGCACUGUCCAUAGCACGAGCUGUGCAAGACUCCAUGUUGCCGUUCAGCAUGGAGAGCCUGCGGCGGCCCCGGCGGUCCGAGUCCCCCGACUCCAAGAGGCGGCGCAUCCACAGGUGUGAGUUUGAGGGCUGCAACAAGGUCUACACCAAGAGCUCACACCUGAAGGCCCACAGGAGAACACACACAGGUGAGAAGCCGUAUAAGUGCACGUGGGACGGCUGCACAUGGAAGUUCGCCCGCUCAGACGAGCUGACGCGCCACUAUCGCAAGCACACCGGCGUCAAACCCUUCAAGUGCGGCGACUGCGAUCGCUCCUUCUCCCGCUCCGACCACCUCGCCCUGCACCGCCGCCGGCACGCCCUCGUCUGAGUACCGCAGCUGCCCAUUGGACGAUGCGGGUCACAGACAGACAGACAGACAGACUGACCAAUCAAAUCAGCAGAGCUGGUUCUCUGCCUGUUAGCUCAACCCUGGGGGGAGGAGCCAUCAUUACACCCCUACCGCUCUUGAACCAAUCAGAGCAACAGACCGCCGCAGCCACAGGGUCCGAUUGAGAGAGAGAGAGAGAGAGGGAUGGAGAGAAGAAAAGACUGAGAGAGGGAAGAAGAGAGUAAACAUGAGGACUUGCUGGUGUGUGUGUCCUGCCAGCAAACAGACAUCCAGAACAUUUCCUUCAGGAUGUUAAUUUCUAUAGACGUUUUUAAAAAGCAUUUGUACACAAGUUGUUUUGUCUGCAUUUCAUUCAGCUGUGUUGUUUUGGUGAUUGUCACUUUAGGAAAUUGUGUUUUUUUUUUUUUCAGCUUGUUUUACACAGCUUGUGGAGAAAAGUUAGCAGGAAAUCAGAGGAAGGCAGGGUUAGAGAGAGACACACAAAUCGUUGUGCAAGUGAGACGAGUGUAUGCAUGACACCCACAUCCAUUCCAUCUCCCGUUUUUGGGGAGAGAUAUUAGGAGCGGGAGCACUUCCGAGGGCCAGGAGCGAGGUGCUUGAGUUCACAUCAGUCAAAUGACUCUUAGUGCAAUACAAACUCCCACACACCAUCGCUUUCCAAUCGAGUCAGUAUAUCAUUGUUUUCCUAUCUCAUCAGUGCCCCAUUGUAGUAAAAUCAUGUUUGUAUACCAUAAUUUAACAAUCUUAUCAGUAUUUCUGUACGUUGUCUGGGCGUCCCGUCCCCUUUUCCCCGUGUGUACGGUCACCACCAGCGUCUCUACUCUAUUGUAGUUGAUUUUCUGGAUCGUAUUAAUUUUAUCCUUUGAUAAAUAGUAUUAUAAAGUGUUUUCUUAUUGCUAAGACAUUCCAGGGGGGUAGCUUAGGUGAGUAUGAAGCGGAGGUGUGUAUGUGUGUGUGUGUGUGUGUGUGUGUGUGUGUUUGCACAGUUCAGACUCCUGCCACCAGGGGGCAGUGCAGGAGCACAGAGACUUACAAGUGGCAGAGGGGCUAGUUCAGAUGGUUGCAGAGUGAUUUGCCAAAAUGAUCCUUCACCUCGUUUAAAAAAAAAAACGUUCACACACACAUCACCUCCAUGGGUAGACCACAGACCCAACCAUCACCAGUGUUAUUUCUAGUCUUGUGGGAACUUUGUCAGAUGUGGGUCGGCCCGAUGGUGAACGGGGGGCCUGACAUUUAUGAAGAAAUUCAAUGAGGUCUUGUGAGGUUUGAGCUCAAAGCACAGUGGAGUGCAACAGUAUGGUUGCCUACAACCCUCACGCGCCACCAAAAGCUAAACAGCUGGCCAGCAGAUGUCUCCGCCUGUGCUGUGAGGCCGCCGGAGUAAUCCCUACCAAGACUUCAGGACCCAAGCCAUUAAAGUCCCUACACCCUUGCAUGCUCCAUACGAAUGACACCUUAGACACUUUAAAUCAAUCAGUCAAUCAAUCAAUCAAUCAAUCAAUUUGUUUAUUUGAUGAAGAGGGACAGUGUACAUUCAUGAACAUUAAAAUGUAAAUGCACCCAAUUAUAGCCAAAAGGCUAAUUUCCAUUGGCAGUCCCCCUGCCAGAGUGAAAAAGGAUAUACAACCUAAAAAAAGGGGCAUUAAUGUAUAUCAAACAUAACAGUGACAAUAAAAUAAAUAAAUAAAUAAGAUACAAUACAAAGAUACAAGAUAAAUUGAGCUGCCCCCCAGUACUGACUUUAAAAAAGAGCAUUCCCAUUGGAAGAGAGCACAAGCCAAUCAAUGUUUAGAAUUAAGAAUUAACAAGAGUAAUCUAACCAAUCAGCAGCCAGGACUUCAUGGUGGUUAUAGUGUGGUUGCACAGACUUUGCACCUCAAUCAUCUGCGCUAAUGCUAAUGCUAAUGCUAAUAUUAAUAAGGUCAAAUGAAUAAUAAAGUUUGGACCAGAGGUGCUGUUGUUUUAAUAUUGAUUAUUGAUUGGGUUUACCUUUGCACCUGGGGGGUUGGGGGUGGGGGUGUCCCCUUCUUAGUGCACAAGCGUAGUUUUAGCAGAGGUCUGUAUAUUUUACAUGAGUUAUUCAAAGUUAUGAUAUGCGUUGAUUUAUUUGUUUGUAUGUUUCUGUUAUUAAGCGUGUUAUGUAAAUGCACAGUGUUGAGCAGUUUUGUACGUUCCCAGAUAAGUGUGAUGUAUUACAGUCAUAGUAUUUUACAGGAGCCCAGCUUUGUGAAAGUAUAAAUAUAUAAAUAUAUAUAAUUAAAACUUCAAAGUAUUCAUCUUUUUUUCUCUCUUUUGAUGGUGUACAAUGAUUCAUAUUUUGUUUUCUAAUUAUGAGUUUGGUUUGAAGUUUGAAUGGAACUUAUACGUUAUAAAAAUGUCUGAUAUUAAUUUGAAUGGAGGCAUGUUAGUCAAUAAACAAGAGCCGGUUUGUAA